AUGCCAGCUGCUCCCAGAUGGCCUGGCAGCCUGGCAUCACACCCUGGGUCAACUACUGACCUGCCCAGCCAAAAUGGUGGCCCAGGCGCGAGCUUCCUCGACGUGAAGUGCGAAGUCAUGGCACAGUGGCUUCACUCAAAACAGGAAGAGAAGAUUUGGACGAGCGGCGAACCCGGUGAGGGUGUACUGGUGAAGAAGUCAAAGGGCUCGUAUGCCUUCUCACCGCCGGAGUUGUUCGAAGACGGCUCUGGCCUAUACCAGGCUGUGGCUGCUCUGAACGUUAGGUGUGCUAUGACUGUCAGCACCCGAGUUCUGCAACUGUUCAUGGCCGCGAGACCCGACGAGCACUUCAUCCAGAUUCACCGAACACUCCGCCUCCAGGUUGUUCCCGAUAUCAGCGCCCUGCCACACUGCCAAAGGCAUCAGUCUGCUGCUUUCAUUGCCAACACCGCCACUCUUCUCGUUUGGGAAGACGAGCCCACAAGACUGCUCGAGCGAGCAGAGUACAUCCAGGAUGCUCUGAUGAAGAUGUCCUGGAAGCCUGAAGCUGAGGAGGAAGGUUCAGAGGAGAAGAACGAUGGCAAGAAGCCGUUCGUGAACAUCGUUGAGUACGAUGAUAUGCCUGAAGAGGAGGCUGGUGUUGAACAGAAGCCCCGUGAGACACUUCUGUGGCAAACUGUCUACGAGGCAAUCACCGUUGCUCUUGUCGUCACUGUCAUCGGUCUUGGAUGGAGGAGUGUCGCUAUUGAGAUGAUUCAGGACCCUAACUGGAUGCGUCUGCUAUUCAUCAUCGUCUUCCCUGCACAGUUCUGGCUCGCUUUGUUCUUCAUGCAAACCCUGGUCAGCAACUGCGCGCAAGUCAUUGGUCCCGUCGGUCACAUGGAAGAGAACAGCAAAUACUACUCUGGCAAGGCUCCUCGCCGUCUCCACCGCGACACAUUCGGUCCUCUACCCCACGUCACUAUCCAGAUGCCUGUCUACAAGGAGGGUCUCCGCGCUGUCAUUGAGCCCACGGUCCGUUCCAUCAAGCAGGCAAUGUCUACCUACGAACUCCAGGGCGGCACAGCCAACAUCUUUAUCAACGACGAUGGUAUGCAGCUGAUCUCCGCCGAGGAGGCCAAGGCCAGGCAAGACUACUACGACGAGCAGCAAAUCGGCUGGGUCUCGCGUCCCAAGCACAACCCCAAACCCGCCGAAGGUGAGAAGCAGUUUCUCCGUCGCGGAAAGUUCAAGAAGGCCUCCAACAUGAACUACGCCAUGCGUCUCUCUGUCCAGGUUGAAGAAGCGCUUGCCCUUACGCCCCGUCACAGCCAAUGGACUCAACACGAUGAGAUUAACGCCUACCGCAACGCCCUGCAGCGUAUCCUCGUUGAGCGCGAAGGUGAGGCCUGGGCCGAUGGCAACAUCCGUAUGGGCGACUACAUCCUGAUCAUCGACUCGGAUACACGUGUGCCCAACGACUGUUUCUUGGAGGCUGUCUCCGAGAUGGAGCAAUCGCCCCAGGUCGCCAUUCUGCAGUACGCCUCCGGUGUCAUGAACGUAACAAACUCGUUCUUCGAGAACGGCAUCACCUUCUUCACCAACCUGAUUUACACUAUGAUCCGCUUUGCUGUCUCCAGCGGUGACGUCGCCCCCUUCGUCGGUCACAACGCUAUCCUUCGCUGGUCUGCGCUGCAGAACAUUGCCUACGACUGUGAGGAUGAUGGCUGGGAGAAGUGGUGGUCUGAGUCCACCGUGUCUGAAGACUUCGACAUGGCUCUGCGCCUGCAAGCUGAAGGCUACAUUGUGCGCCUCGGUGCCUACAAGAAUGGCGGCUACGAGGAAGGUGUCUCCCUCACCGUAUAUGACGAGCUUGCCCGUUGGGAGAAGUACGCGUACGGCUGCAACGAGCUCAUCUUCCAUCCCUUCAAGGACUGGCCAUUCAAGGGUCCCUUCACUAAGCUCUUCCGCACAUUCAUCUGCUCAAACAUGCCCAUCCACUCUAAGCUCACAAUCAUGGCUUAUAUCGGCACUUACUAUGCGCUCGGCUCCCAAUGGGCCUUAACUCUGAUGAACUACGUCUUGAUCGGUCUGUGGAACGGCCACUACGACCAUUACUACCUCGACUCGUUCAAGAUCUUCUUCUCCAUCGUCAUCGUCUUCACAGCCUUCGGUAACACCGCCCUCGCUGUCCUCCGCUACCGCAUCGGCGAAUGCGGUCUCCUUAAGGCUCUCUUCACCAACUUCAAAUGGGUCCCGCUGAUGACCGUCUUCCUAGGCGGCAUCUCGCUGCACGUCUCGCAAGCCCUCCUCUGCCACUUCUUUAGCAUCGACAUGCAGUGGGGCGCCACCUCCAAGGAAAUUGAGGACAUCUCCUUCUGGGAGGCCAUCUCCGACGUCAUCAAGAAGUUCAAGUACACAUUCGUCUUCUGCAUCACCGCGACCGCCGGCAUGAUCUGCAUGGCCUACGUGGUCCCCGUCGACUGGCAGAUCCGCACCCUGGUCGCCAUCUUCCCCAUGGCGCUGAUGGUCGCGAACCACUUCCUGCUCCCCAUUGUGCUGAACCCGCAGCUCAUGACCUUCACCUGGUAG